AUGUCGUCAGGCGAGCGAGAAACAGUCAACCUCGACACCCUGGAGCCACAGCAGCUCGCCCAGGUCAAGAAACAGCUCGACGAGGAGCUUGAGCACCUGACGUCGUCGUUUUCGCAGCUCCACGGCGCCCAGUCAAAGUUUCGAGAGUGCCUGCGAUGCGUAAACAGCCGGUCUGAAUCGUCAAAGAGCUCCAACGAGGUCCUGGUACCGCUGACCAACUCUCUUUACGUACGAGGGGAAUUAACAAAUACGGAGACGGUGCUCGUGGAUAUUGGUACUGGUUUCCUGGUGGAAAAGAAACUGAAUUCGGCCGCUACUUUUUACGAAAAUAAAAUCAAGGAGCUGACGAACAGCCUGAAAGAACUGGAAGCCAUCAUUCAGCAAAAGCAGAUGAACGUGCGCACAAUUGAAGAAGGUUAG